AUGUCCGAUAUUAGCCCAUCGGCUAGGAGCACGAGUCAGACGGCUUCCCUCAGCUCCAGCCAAGACCAUCAGCUCAAACCCUCUGCCGGUCAAAUCAAACCGGCCAUCAUCGACUCUCAGAAACCCCUGUCAGCUCAAGCUCUCCAAGUGAUCUCUUACACAUCGUCGGCCUGGGUGAUAACCAGUUCGGUGUCAGACCAUUUCGGAAGAUCCUCAGCCGAUUCAUGGUACAUGAUCAAAUCGUAUCCGCCUUGCCUCAAAUCACUCUUUGGUCCCCGCCAAACCUCAAACGACCAGAAACUCGAUCUUCCACUUGAACGCGAUGUUGUGCAGGAUUUUCAUCAGUUAAAACAUUGUCAGACCGACUUCAGGGACCCACUGAGGUUCAAGAAUACGAUGGCCUCACAUAUCCCAAUCGUCUAUUAA